AUGUUCGCCAGCCUAGCUCUUCUAGACCCGCUGCACAGCUUCCUCCUCAGCACAGUGCUGAUCUACCUUCUCACGCUGUACCCUCUGCUCACGCUCAUCUCCACCUCCUCCGCGCUCCUCACCGGCCUAGCGCUCACCCGCCUCGGCGGACUGCUCUCGCACCUCGGCGCACACCUUUUCCGCGCCGGCACCGUGCUGGUGCACUUCGUCCUCGGCUACGUCAAGCACCUGCUCGAGUCUCCGAGUCUCGCACAGCGCUGGAGGCGGAGGGUAGCGGAGUUGCUGGGGGAGGUGUUGGGGUUGCAUUCGGAGCUGGGGUGCGGCGUGCAAGAACGCCGGAUGGAGAAGAUGGCCCAUGGGAGGAGACCGCCGGCUAAGAGACGGACACCGGUGGCGCCGUCAGUGGUGAGGGAUUGA